UUUUCCAACGAAACUUGAAGAAAAAAAGGAGAAAUCAAUUAAUCAAUCAAUUAAUUUAAAAUAGAAAUAGAAAAAACUAUUCACAGAUUUAAUUAAUUAUGAAAAAAACAGAGAGUCUAACUGAAUGGAAGAAGAAAAAAAAAUAUCUCCAACCCUUGACAGAGUAAAAGUUUGUUGUUACCUCUUAAUUGUUGACUCAUUUUCGUCACACUGUUAUCCUAAUUAAAGAUUGAUUAACACAAACUCCAGAAUCUAAUGUAACCUAGAAACUAGAUUUUUGAGAAUAGUUCAAAUUACUCAUAGAAAUAAAUGCCAACUUUGUUAAUCAUCAUCUUCGAGUUGACAUAAAGAUUAGAACUUUGAAAUUUCAAAACUGUCUCCAUUUUCAUCCUCAUCAUCACCGAGAAGAUUUUGAUUCAGUUAUAAUCAACUUCAUAUACAAUCAACCUUCACAAUAAAACUAAUUCGAAAUCAUCUUUCCUUAUCCUUAUCCUUAUCCUCAUCAUCCUCAUCCUCAUCCCUUUAAUCAUCCAAAAAAAAAGUAAACAAAUUGUUUCAAUCCAAAAAUGAAAAAAGCUUUUAACUCAGUUUUUAAAAACAAAUCAACAACGGAAAAGAAUCAAAAUGAAGAUCAAGUAACUAAUCUGGAUAAAGGUGAAUCAAAAUCAUCAUUAACAAUCAGCGGUGAUAAUAAUAAUAAUAUAGUGAAAAAUUUACCACCAACACCAAUAUCAUCGAGUAGAGGUAAAAGUACAAGUACAAUUACUUUACCAAUUGAUUGUAACAAUAUGGAUACAGCAAUUAAUUCAAUUAACUCCAAACAAGGUAAGCCAAUAUUAACAACCGGAACUCAAUCAAUAUCGACUAAAUCAUCAUUAUCAUCAUCGUCAUCAUCAUCCAAACGUAUUCAAAGAUAUGCUAGUCAAGAGUUGGGUCAAAUUGAUUCACAUUCAAAGAUCAGUAAUACAACAACAACAACACCACCGCCAUUGGGAAGUAAAAUUAAGUCAAAUUUUAAUAAUACAAGUCCAACAAUUAAAAGUUCAUUGAGUAUCUCGUUGGAUAAAUCACUUGAUUCAAGAUUAUCAUCAGUUUCCAAAGAGCAAGGAUUAACCUUAUUCUGCCCUUCAUCACCAGGUACACCCGAAAGUGAUCAGCCAAUUGUGACCUCGCCGAGUUCCGAUGGUGAGAGUAACAAUUUAAAUGAGCAAAGUGUUAAUAACAAUCAAAGUGACAAAUCAUCAUCAGUGAAGUUUGAAAAACACCAAAGUACAACCUCUUCCGCUGCUAAAUCUAAAUUUAUGUCCAAUGAAAGUGGACUAAUGAGCGAGAAAAAAGUGGCCAAUCAUCAAGAAUCUCGUCGAUUACAAUCAGCUGAUCGAUUAUUCGAGGAACGUGUAGCGGCCAAAGAUAUUACAGCUAAAUUAGAAUCUCCCCUUGAAGGUAUUAAAGCCUCUUCCAAAUUGUCAUCUUACCGACAAGAUGCUCGAGCAAUAAAGUUACACGCUGAUUCCUCAAUUACCUCGCAACAAUCAUCGACCAAAAGUUCAGCGUUUAAAAUGUCCACCGAAGAACUUUGUCCCGGAGGUAAGUCAAAGUCUUCCUUUGAAUCUCAAUCAUCAAUUCGAACGGAGGAAAAGGCCGUUAAAACCUCGAAAACAUCAUCAUCUUCAUCAUCGUCAACACGAUUCUUUGCCACCAAAUCAUCGUCAUCAACAAUCACCUCAUCAGCUGAUUCACCGAUAAUCACUGAGCCACUUUCUCCAAGUGACCUGACCAGUUUUACCUCACCUUUUGACAUGGACUUUAAAAUGUUAUCCCUUAACUCACCCUCGACGGGUACCGAUCGUUUCAUUGACAGUGCUGGUCCAGAUUCAUUUGCAUUCACCAAUUUACUUAAUCAAAUUGCUUCUAAAUUUUCCGGUCUCGUUGAUUCACUUAAAUCAUGUCCCAAAGAGGAAUCUCUCGAACUAUUAAAAUCUCUCAAUCGAGCCAUGGAAAAAGCGCUUUCAACAAAAUACGCGCCCGAAAAGGUUUACCUUAAACUAUCUGAUCUACUACGAACCGGCGGUGGACUGGACGUUAUAAUUGAAAACUGUGGCUUGGCCGAGAUUGAUUCUGAAGUGAAAUUUCAAUCGGCCAAAUUGCUGGAGCAAACACUUUCCCCCGAUAAUCGGUCUUAUAUUGUCGAUAAUGGUCUGAGUAAAGUGGUCACCGUGGCCUGUGACUAUUCAAACACGAACAUUGUUGACCAAGAGCGAGUCGGAACUGGAAUUUUAAAUCAACUAUUCAAAAUAUCAGAGGAAACAUGUAAAGAUAUCAUUCGCAAAGGUGGCCUGAAAGCGAUCGUCUAUCAGUGUCGAAACACCGAUGAUGAGAUCUUGCGACAUUGCGCCUCAGCCUUAGCGAACCUUUCCCUCUACGGUGGACCAGAAAAUCAUGCAUCCAUGAUCAAGGAACAAGCACCCAUGUGGCUUUUCCCGUUAGCCCAUCAUACCGAUGAUAAUAUCGCUUAUUACGCUUGCCUUGCAAUCGCUACUCUAAUGGCCAAUAAAGAGAUCGAAGCUUCGGUCCUAGCGACCGAAACUCAUGAGCUAAUUGAACCUUUUAUUACCGAUCGAAGUCCAGAAGAGUUUGUCGCUCAUUCCGACUUCCAUUCGCGAGGCCAGUCAACCGAAUGGUUAAAACGAUUAGCUCUUGUCCUCGAAUCAGAUCGAUCCGAAGCUCGUAGCCUGGCGGCUUUUCAUUUCGCAAUGGAGGCCUGGAUCAAAAAGCGACAAGGGAAAACCAAAAUUUUCGAGGAAAUCGGAGUAAUUGACCGGUUGAAACGAGUGGCCAGUUCACCCAAUGCCACGGCCUCCAAAUACGCUUGUCAAGCGCUCAAGUACAUGGGUCAAGGUGUUCCCCAUAAACUGUCCCAACAAGUUCCGCUUUGGACUGUCCAAGAUGUGAAAACGUGGAUCGAACAAAUUGGUUUUAAAGUUUUCACGAAAACAUUUGAAGAGUCCAAAGUUGACGGUGAUUUAUUGUUACAAUUAACUGAGGAUAUGUUGAUUAACGAUGUCGGUAUAGCCAAUGGUAUAUUGCGAAAACGUUUCCUCCGUGAAUUGGGACAAUUAAAACGUAUAGCUGAUUAUUCAUCAUGUGAUACACUUAACCUUUUUCACCUUUUAAGGUCAUUGGGUCAAGUUUAUCCUCAGUAUACUUAUAACAUGUUAAAAGGUGGGGUUGAAGGUGAGACAGUUAAGUUUGUCUCGGAGGAUCAAUUAGCUCAAGAGUGUCACAUAGAUAACAGUAUUCAUCGGUUUAAAAUUGCUGAAGCAAUUAAGAACUUGACCAACAUCGGUGCCGAAGAUUCAAACGACGCAAAGAAAUCGUUAGAUGCUUUCAUCAGUUAUCGUCGGUCAAAUGGUUCACAACUCGCAAGUUUACUUAAAGUUCAUCUUCAAUUGCGAAACUUUUCCGUGUUUAUUGACAUCGAAAGACUCGAAGCGGGUAAAUUUGAUUCUAACCUAUUGAAUAGCAUAAAGCAGGCCAAAAAUUUCAUCUUAGUUUUAACACCAAACGCUCUGGAUCGUUGUCUUGCCGAUGAGGAGGGUAAAGAUUGGGUUCACAAAGAAAUUCAAGAAGCUCUUGCUAGUAAAUGCAAUAUAAUCCCGAUUCUUGAUAACUUCCAAUGGCCUGAUCCUGAAACUUUACCAGACGAUAUUAAAGCGAUAUGUUAUUUCAAUGGAGUCAGAUGGAUCCACGAAUAUCAAGAUGCUUGUGUAGAUAAACUCGAAAGGUUCAUGAGAGGGGAAAUCAACUCUCGAAUCGAUACCAUAUUUCCCAAGGGAUUACCUCUUCAUGGAAUCGUUCCUGGGACUCCGGGGACACCGAUUCGAGUUCACGGAUAUCCGAGAGCGGGUUCGAUUGAUGGACUUCGAUCUCCACCCGAAGUGUCCAAAUUGGCUGAAAAGGGAUAACUAAUUGUCUCCAAUUGAUAUAAUUAUAUCAACUUUUUUUUUCGUUUUGUUUUGAUAUUCGUAUAUAAAAAUAUAUACCAAUCAGUUAAUUGUUGUUUCUCUUCAUUUAAUUGUACAGACAAAGAAAAUUAAAUGAAAUUGUUAGAGGAAAAAA